UGACACAAAACUUUUAAAUAAUUUAUUCCCAUAAUAAAUGUUUCAAGACACACCUGAAGAGGCAUACACUGAGCGAACACGUGAGACGCGUGGCGUUUCCCGAUCUCAUCAAAAGUAAUUUCAUUGGCGAUAAUCCGGGCUAUUGUUGCCCGACCUGUGACUUCAAGACGGACAGACAGUCGACGCAUUUGCUUCACUCCGUAAACCACGAGAUGCCGGUGCCGUCGGAUGACAAGCCGGCGCUCCAAUCGGCUAACGAUCUCAAAGCCAAACGACACAUACGCCGGAGUGAAGACAAAUACCGGUGCCCUGUCUGUCGUAAGGCGUAUAUAUGUCGUGAUCUGCGGCUCCACAUCAACGGCCACUUGAAUGAGACGCCCUAUGAGUGCAUUCAAUGCGACAAAAAGUUCUCGAAAUUAGUUUAUCUCCGAAACCACGAGAAGACUCACUCGACGGUCAAAGACAAGUCCUGCACGACGUGUGGCGCGCGGUUCGCGUCCAACAAAUUGCUCAGAAAUCACGCGAAGACACACGACUCGAGCCGUGAGAGGACCGUCCGGUGCGACGUCUGUGGCGCCGAGUUUUACUCGAAGUUUGUGCUGACGGCUCACCUGUUAAGACAUACGCCGGCGGCCGACAGGCCUUUCAAAUGCGAGGCUCCCGGAUGUCGACGCGCUUUUGUUAAUAGGAGAGAGCUGUCGGAGCACUCGAUGGUUCACUCGGCGCCGGGUGAUGACAGCCAGAAGGUGUUGCUCUGCGACCAGUGUGUCUACAAAACGAGAUCCGUGUCCGCACUUCGCAGGCAUUAUAGACAACACACCGGCGAUAAGCCAUUUAAAUGCAAAUUCUGUGAUUUUAAAGCACACCUGAGCUCUAACCUUAGUCGACACAUGAGAGUGCAUACCGGUGCUAAGCCAUACAGCUGUCCCUAUUGCAGUUAUGUUUGCAAUACUCAGGAAAACGUGAGAAAACAUAUACUGAAGACAAGGAAACAUAACGGCCUAUUCGUCUACCCGUGCGCUCAUUGCGAUCAUAAGACUAAUCUAUUCACUGAAUUCAGACACCAUUUGCGAGAAAGACAUUCAGAUUUAUAUAAUGACCAACAAAUCGAUGCAUUUGUUUCGCAUCUCUUUCGUAAUACUAACUGUUAAUGUGUUGUAAAUUCUAUGAUUUAUUUAAAUAGUAUUUUGCAUACAAUUAAAAUGUUUUAUUAUGGNUAAAUA